AUGGCAGAUAGCGCACCCAUUGAUGUUGCUGAGCCUCGCAGCGGUCCGCAAGAGAUCCGUCCCCGCGAUGAAAACGAAUCCGAAAGGACGGUCAACAUUGAGGAGAGCCCUUCCACUCUGCCGAAGUUGGACGAGCCCCCUCCAGACGGCGGAUAUGGCUGGGUAUGCGUCGCUUGCAACUUCUUCAUCAAUGGACACACCUGGGGAAUCAACUCCUCAUACGGCGUCUUUCUCUCCUACUAUCUCAACAACAACUAUUUUCCGAACACAUCUGCUCUGGCGUACGCUUUUAUCGGCGGCCUUUCCAUCUCCCAGGCUAUGCUCGUUGCCCCUCUAGCCACACGCAUCAUUCACCUCUACGGUUCCAAAGUAUGCCUUCACCUGGGCGUAUUCUUUGAAACCCUCUCCCUGAUUGGCGCUAGCUUCGCCACCCGGAAAUACCAGAUCAUCCUGGCCCAGGGGUUUUGCUUCGGCUGGGGCAUGGGAUUUCUGUUUGUGGGCUCCGUUGGUAUUAUAGCGCAGUGGUUUACCAACAAACGCAGCGUGGCCAAUUCUAUCGCCGCGGCGGGUUCAGGUCUCGGCGGAUUGAUGUACUCCCUCGUAACACAGCGAAUCAUCGAUACAAUGGGUCUUCCUUGGGCAUUUCGCAUCCUAGGAAUCUGCUCAUUCGCAGUCAAUUUGACUGCGUCAAACCUCAUUCGUGACCGCAACAAACAAACGGGUUCGCGCCAUAAGGGAUUUGACACCAAAAUCCUCUCCCGACCCGAGUUUCUGCUCGUCCAAGGUUGGUCCUGGUUCAGCAUGUUCGGUUACACCAUCCUGCUCUUCUCACUGCCUGCCUACGCGCGUUCAAUCGGACUGAGCGCAAAACAAGGUUCAGUCCUCGGCGCCGUCUUGAACUUGGGCCAAAUGCUUGGACGCCCUUUCAUCGGUCUAUCUUCCGAUCGCUGGGGCCGGAUCAACCUUGCUACGUUCUUGAGUCUCUUGUGCGGCGUUUUUUGCUUCGCCUUCUGGAUCCCCGCCGAAAUAGUCUCGUCGCCAAUGGGAUUGUUGUGUUUCUUCGCUAUUGUUGGUGGUGCUUUAGCAGGGACUUUCUGGACGACCAUUGCCCCCGUCGGCGCCGAGGUGCUCGGCCUUCAGGAUUUACCUGCAGGGUUGUCGCUAACGUGGCUGCUCAUGGUUCCACCCACGACGUGUGCAGAACCGAUUGCUUUGGAGCUUCGACGCAGGAACACCGAGAAUUGGAUAUACCUCCCGCCCCAGAUUUUCACCGCCUUCAUGUAUAUUGGGGCAGGACUGUGCCUAUGGGUGGUCAGAGGAUGGAAAGUCGGCGAGUUGAAGUGGAAGGCAAGAUUGGUGAGGGAAAGAGAGCGAAGGCAAGAGAGGAUUCUGCUGGACGAGAAGCAGUCUGUGACGGAGAAAGAUGGUGCAGGAGGAUUGAAAAUGCAGGACGAGAAUAGGAAUGAAACCGAUCGUGAUGUUGACGAGGUCGAGGUCCGACAGUUCAUGAAAAGGGAGAUUUGGGGGCCGCGGAAUCUCCUCAAAAAUAUGAUUGCAUGGCAAGUUGUGUAG